AUGAGCCUGGGGGUCCGCUCGGCCGGCGCAGGGCAGAGGGCGGCGGCGGCGGCGGCAGCAGUGCAGCUGCUUGUCGUCCUGAGUGUUCUCCCGGGCGUCGUCGAGGUCCAGGUCACUGGAGUCUUGGAUGAUUGCUUGUGUGAUGUUACCAGCAUCGAUAACUUCAACACCUACAAAAUUUUUCCCAAAAUAAAAAAAUUGCAAGAGCGAGACUAUUUCCGUUAUUACAAGGUCAAUCUAAAGCGACCAUGUCCUUUCUGGGCUGAAGAUGGCCACUGUUCAAUUAAAGACUGUCAUGUGGAAACCUGUCCAGAGAGUAAAAUUCCCGUUGGAAUUAAAGCUGGGAGUUCUAAUAAGUACUUGAAAAUGGCAAAUGAUACUAGAGAAUUUGAAGAUUGUGAGCAAGCUAAUAAACUUGGAGCAGUUAACAGCACAUUAAGUAAUCAAAGCAAAGAAGCAUUCAUUGACUGGGCGAGAUAUGAUGAUUCACAGGAUCACUUCUGUGAACUUGAUGAUGAGAGAUCUCCAGCUGCUCAGUAUGUAGACCUGUUGCUGAACCCAGAGCGUUACACUGGAUAUAAGGGAGCGUCUGCGUGGAGAGUGUGGAACAGCAUCUAUGAAGAAAACUGUUUCAAGCCUCGAUCUGUUUAUCGUCCUUUAAACCCCCUGGCACCCAGCCGAGGAAAAGAUGAUGGAGAAUCAUUUUAUACAUGGCUCGAAGGUUUGUGUCUGGAGAAAAGAGUCUUCUAUAAGCUUAUAUCAGGACUUCAUGCUAGUAUCAAUAUACAUCUGUGUGCCAAUUAUCUUUUGGAAGAAACCUGGGGUAAACCUAGUUGGGGACACAAUAUUAAAGAGUUUAAAUGCCGCUUUGACCCUGUGGAAACUAAGGGAGAAGGUCCCAGAAGACUAAAGAAUCUCUACUUCUUAUACCUAAUUGAACUUCGAGCUUUAUCAAAAGUGGCCCCAUAUUUUGAGCGCUCCAUUGUUGAUCUUUACACUGGGAAUAUAGAAGAAGACGCUGACACAAAAGCCCUUCUACUGAGCAUCUUCCAAGACACAAAGUCCUUUCCCAUGCACUUUGAUGAGAAAUCCAUGUUUGCAGGAGACAAAAAGGGAGCCAAAUCACUAAAGGAGGAAUUCCGGCUCCAUUUCAGGAAUAUCUCUCGUAUAAUGGACUGUGUUGGAUGUGACAAGUGCAGAUUGUGGGGGAAAUUACAGACGCAAGGUUUAGGAGCUGCUCUGAAAAUAUUAUUCUCUGAAAAAGAAAUUCAAAAGCUUCCUGAGAACAGCCCAUCUAAAGGCUUCCAACUCACUCGACAGGAAAUCGUUGCUCUUUUAAAUGCCUUUGGAAGGCUUUCCACCAGUAUAAGAGAAUUACAGAAUUUUAAAGUCUUAUUACAGCAGAGUAGGUAAUGAAGGCUUUUACAUGUCUCUAAAGAGACAUAAAGGGACUAUGGGAAGCCUUUUAGUAUGGACAUUCAGCAGAUUAGAGACUAAUCUCCUAAAAACCGUCAAGAAUUUUGAACUCUUUAAUGAGAAAAUUCAGAUCCUCACUUGACUAUUUAUGAUCCUUAAUAGAUUAUCAUCAAUUGGAGAUAUUUAUAAAUGAAGUCUAUACUUUUAAAACA